AUGGCUCACGGGUCUGUCCGCAGGUGGAGCCCUGGGCUAUACGACUGGCGCAAGGGAUUUGCGACCACUGCCAUUGAGGCAGUUCAAGACGAGAUAGAUCGUCGCCUGUGCGACACAGUGAACGUUUCACCCAAAGACCGGACACCGAACGGUAUCCGCAGAUGGUUAGACGAGGCUACGAAGAUCGGAGGCGAGGCCAUGUGGGGUCAGCCGAACACUGAAAACCAUGGGAUAUAUGCCCGCCUUCAGCUGCAGUCCAAGUUCGUUUUGAAGGUUCUGGGUUUCCAUCUAGAUUCUAUUGAGGGCUCUGUGGUGAAGCAUCCGGGGUUUCCUGUUGGGGCGCUUGCAAUGGCGGCAGCAGCGGUGGAGCGCGCAUUUGAACACUUCAUCAAUAGGAAGAGCAAGAAGGAGAAUCCACCGCCGUUCUCUGCAAGACUGAACAGGGAUCUCACUGUGAAGUGGCGCAACACCGCUGUUGCCGAUCUUCUGAAGCACCCUAGACGCCUGGAAGAGCUCAUGGAGUGCGCGGAGGGCUACAUGGCCAAUCACAAGCCUUCAGCGCGCGACUACACCAACCUUGGUGCCAGCCGGAUGUACCGCCGUGAGCCGAUGUCGAGCUCCGACCCAGCGCGCCCGGAGGAAUAG